CAUGAAACCUGGUGCCAGCACCUCAUCAUACAGUGGUUUGUACAAAUACAAUAAUUCUGAGAGAAAAUAAUUGAGAGACGCUGCUUCAUGCAAAUAUGUUAAGCGUGUCCCAAAAAGAUAGACAAUGACCGUGGUGGGACUGGGAUAUGAAGUCUGAACACCAGAUACUCGUGCCUUCCAUCCUGUUGUGUUAGAAGCAAUUGUCGCUGGCAAGCAAGUAUGGUAAGCGUCACUCCGGCCGCUGGCGUCAGGUACCAACCCGAUGGUGGGACGACGUGGGAAAGUUGCAGAAGUCACCCGUUUCACUGGGUUCUGCGUUAAAAGGCAAAGGCGGAUAAAAGUCCGACUUCUCUAACGGCUUUGGUGCAACUGUUUUGCAGGAUCUCUGUGAAAGAGGCGCAUGUUAGUGAUUAAAAUGUCCGAUGCAGUGUAAGGCGCGUGUGUGGAACGUCACAUGUUAAUCACAUGUUGCUAUCAUGUGUUUGCAGGAAAGGGGUGUCAGCAGGUGGCCAGAAUCUGUUGAAAUGGACAAAGAUCUUCGAGAUGCAGAUUUCAGACGGCUACUGGGAGCUGACCGCAGAGCUGGGCAGGUGCAUUGACGUCGACCUCGACGUCCUUGCCAAUGAGUUCCUCACAAGCAAAGGCAUCCGCUCUCUCGGCGUGAAAGCCCACGCUGACAUCCUGAGGCUGCUGGCGACUCUUGUGGUCCUGCAGCUGAUGAGGUUGGAGAAGCUGCCGGAAGGCCAGCUGCUGCGUACGCUGUUCGCUUUCGAGGAACCUCCGAUCAGCAGGCCGGCCCGCUGGCAGAUCGUCAAGAAUGCGGUGGACUGGGUCCGCUGGGCCGACCGCCAGUACCCCUGCGUCUGCAGCCGGCUUGAGAUGGGUUCGACCUGGGAGUCCGUCACCCGCCAGCUCCUGGGCUACGAGGUCUUGCCCGCCUUGUCGCCUCUUGCUGGCCUGAACCUGAGGAGGAACACGUCCGCCGCAUGUCCCCCUGUGGUCGUCCAGUGAGGACACCCGGCAGCAUGGCAGGAAAGAAGGACGGGUCGCAACAUUAGGUACACAAGCUGAAGCGAUUCCACACGACAGUAUUUAUAUACUUUUUGGUAUUCAGUGUUCCCUGGUUUAUCGCGGGGGAUAGGUUCCCAAAAUAACCUGCAGUAAGUGAAAUCCGCAAAGUAGCCAACUUUAUUUUUUUUUCAAUGAUUCUACAUGUUUUAAGGCUGUAAAACACCUCACCAUACACUUGAUACACUUUUCUCAGACAGACAUGAACAUUUUCCUGCAUUUCUCUCUUGUUUAAACACUCUCAAAGUCCAAACCUUUGUUUGAAUUUUAAUGAUCAACCUACUAGGUUGGACACAAGAAAUUAUUAAUAGUGACUCACACGUAUUUCACUCUUCUGGUCGUGCCUCUUCAUCAUCCUGGCGCCGUUCUGCUCUACUGUAGCGUUUUUGUAUUAUUGUCAAAACAUAUUGUUCCUCUCGUCGUACUUUCCUCCUUCCUUCCUCCUUUCAUAAUAGCACCCUGCAGCCGCAACUGCUUCCUCUUCUGCCUUUUGGGUCCGACCGCAGGUACCUUUGACGGUGCAGAACAUUUUGGAAACAGCAAGUCGGCGAAAGGUGAACCGUGAUGUAGCGAGGGAACACUGCAGUACUGAAUCUCGUUGGGUCGGCGCUUCUCAGCUGAAAUUUUUGAAGUCACGUUUCUCACAAUGUUUUUUUCCAUGUCCUUCCCCUCCCGCUCAAGCUUGACAUAUAUAUAUAUAUAUAUAUAUAUAUAUAUAUAUAUAUAUAUAUAUGUGU